CCUCUCUCGAGCUGGAGACUCCGGCUCCCCUUCGGAUCUCAGUCCGGUAACAGAGGGACACUGGAAUGGACACGGAAGGGAGUCAGAGCAGCCUGUCGUCCUCCGCGCAGGACUCCCCGCACGACCCCUGCAAGAUGUUCAUCGGCGGCUUGAGUUGGCAGACGACACAAGAGGGGCUGAAUGAGUACUUCUGUAAAUUCGGAGAGGUGAAGGAUUGCAUGGUGAUGCGGGAUCCGGUUACCAAGCGCUCGAGGGGGUUUGGGUUUGUCACCUACCUGGAUCAAACCGGUGUGGAUAACGUUUUGGCCCAAAACCGACACGAGCUGGAUUCAAAAACCAUUGACCCGAAAGUGGCUUUCCCGCGCAGAGCUCAACCCAAACUGGUUACAAGAACAAAGAAGAUUUUUGUUGGAGGACUUUCAGUCAACACCACCAUUGAAGACGUCAAGCAGUAUUUCGAUCAGUUUGGAAAAGUCGAUGACGCAAUGCUCAUGUUUGACAAAACCACCAACAGGCACAGAGGGUUUGGCUUUGUGACGUUUGAGAAUGAAGAUGUUGUUGAGAAGGUCUGUGAGAUCCACUUCCAUGAGAUCAACAACAAGAUGGUGGAGUGUAAGAAGGCUCAGCCGAAGGAAGUGAUGUCACCGGUGGGGACGGCCCGCGGGCGCUCUAGAGUGAUGCCCUAUGGGAUGGAAUCCUUCAUGUUGGGAAUCGGCAUGUUGGGUUAUCCCGGAUUCCAGACGGCCACAUACACCAGUCGCGGAUACCCGGGAAUCACACCAGGAUACACCUAUCAGUUCCCAGAAUUCCAUUUAGAGCGGACGCCGCUUCUGACGUCCACACACCCCUCUGAGAUCACAGCCAUUCCACUGACAGCGUACGGACCAAUGGCAGCGGCCGCAGCAGCAGCAGUGGUCAGAGGCUCCACCCCCUCGCGUGCUGCCUUUCUGAGUACCAGCAGUCCUGGGCCAAUGGCAGACCUGUACGCAGCAGCCAAUCAGGAUUCAGGAGUGAGUGGCUACAUCAGUGCGGCAAGCCCCGCCCCCAGCGCAGGGUUCAGCCACGGCCUUGGGGGUCCUUUGAUCGCCACCGCAUUCACCAACGGUUACCACUGAAGACCCUCCACUGGACCUCCAGCGCCGGACGAAUGAUGAUGAUGUCACGAGCAUCUGCGGUCCUUCGCAUUUCAUUUUCCCUUUACUCUACUAACAUCACCUUUAGUUUCCAUCUGUUUCUCCGGCGGCCUGUGUGACGUGCUGUCACGUGCCCGAAAAUAAUGCUGUUUGAUUGUACACGGGGAAACACGCAAGGAAUUUUAUACUCCACCGUUUUUAUUUGACAAGUUUUUCCAGUUUGUUCUGUUGUUGUUUUUUUGCUGAAUGUGUUUGAAUGUUUUUACUGUACUCAUGCUGUAACGGACGGAGAGAGCUGAGAAACACAUCCGGAGUGUUUUUCAUAUUGAGGUUCAUAACUAAUGUAAACAACCAUGAACAAAUUUACUACACAAGAACAGGACAAAAAAUGUAUAUUUUGGUACGUUUUUAAGUGCGCGGCAUUGGUCAAAUUAUUUGGAAGCGUCGUGAGCUAAAAGAGUUUUUAUAUUUUUUGCUAAAUUAGGUUUUUACGUGAGGGGCCUUGAUUCAUGAAAUUAGCAGCGUGUGUAAAUCCGUCAUACGUGUGAUUUACAGUCAUGUCAUGAAUGAAGCUCAAUGUCUGUAUAUACUGUACAUAUCUUGUGGGUUUUUGUGGGCGGGGUUUUGACUUUCUCAGACUCUCAUUGGACCGUUGACUCUCUCACUUUGUUCUGAACUCUAGCGUGCUGUCUACAUGGAUGACGUUUAAAGACAUGGAGGAUAACAGAAAGCAUUUAACAUUACACACUUGUCGUCAUUCAUGUUUAAGAUCAUGUUUAAGCAAUAUUCUCUUUUCAGUUUUAUAUCUGUGUAUGUGAGCAAUAAACACUGGAGUUUGGGCGCUAGUGUUUGGAACAAAGUGUUUGAGCGGAAAUAACUACAGAACAUGAUGAUGAUGAUGAACACAUUCACGUGUUCCUGGCUUUGUGCAUGUGACACCAAAUACAACAUAUAGAUUGUGUUUUGUGGAAGGUUUGUUUCUUCACUUUCCUUCAUUUCUACUCGUUCUCUUUCAGUUUUUCAGGUUUUUUUGUGAAAACUGUUUUUAAUGUUUGCUAUCAAUGAUGAGGCGUCUGGUCGUGUAUUCUUGAAAGAUCAAAGGGAACCUCAGACAGUGAGGAGUGCUGAUGUGUGGACAUAUAUAUUAUAUACUGUAUAUAUCACAUGUUUUGCGCAGUGUAACACUAUUGUACAUUUCUCUCUCUCUCUUCUUAUGUUUUAGACGGUACAAUGCUGUUUUUUUUAAAUGAAGGACAAAUGUUUAAAGCAAUGUAGUCGGAGCGCUGUUACAUCUCAGUAAGUGUCCUGUUUUUUGUGUGUUUUUUCUGGUCGUGCGUGUGUUACGAUGCGAGCGCACGCACACACACACACAUGUUGAGAGUUCAUCACUGAAGUACAGAUGAACACAUGUGCGCUGGUUUAGAUGAAUUGAGUCUGUCAGUGAUCUGCUGUAAUGUUCAUGUUUCCAGCCUCACACUACACAAUAUUUGAAACUGGGUUGUGUGAUGGGUUUGUUUUGUUGUGUGUUUAUACUCUACAGAAAGCUCUGCACCACACGCACUGGAACUCUUUAACCAUCUGAAGCAAUAAGUUCUGUUUGAACUGACCGAGGCAUUCAAAUUAUUUUUCAGAAGAGAAGCUCUAUUUUUCAAGACCUGUUUUAACUCCUUUCUCAGAUUUUGACAGUACUUGUUGUUGAUGUUUGUUUGGAUGAUUUGUAAAAGGGGCGGGGCUCUGGGAUCAGGAACUGAACUGGAAAGCAUCAGGGGGUAACGCUCUGUCUGUCGCCACGGAGACGUGCUUCAUCACUGUGACCUGAUGCUCGUAUAGUCCACUCUCCCUUGACUGUAUUUUUUUAUUUUCCACCUCUGGAAAUGUUCAAAUAAAAGAUCCUAAUAAAUUAUUUUUAAGCAUU